GGGCUGGCUUGUCAGUCCCUCCCUCUUUGACUUCCCAGACACUGAGUCUGGAAUGAGAAUUCACCUGCCUCUGAGUUGGCUGCUGAGGGGGCAGGGGUGUUACUUGAGUUCCCAGGUUGGAAGAUGAUGUCACGCAGCUCAAGCUAUAUAAGCUGACUGAUGUGGAAGAGCUCAACAGGGCCAACUCAAGGGGUUCAAUCCACAGGAACCAAACCUACAGACCCACUUCGGGCAAACAUGAUGAUGCUGAAAGUGGAGGAACUGGUUACUGGGAAGAAGAAUGGCAAUGGAGAGACAGGGGAGUUCCUACCUGAGGAUUUCAGAGAUGGAGAGUAUGAAGCUGCUGUGACUUCAGAGAAGCAAGAUGACCUGAAACCACUUCCAGGUCACCCUGUGACCCUGGGGGAACAACAAUGGCAAAGUGAGAAACAGAGAGAGGCAGAGCUCAAGAAGAAGAAACUAGAACAAAGAUCAAAACUUGAAAACUUAGAAGACCUUGAGACAAUCAUACAGCUCAAGAAAAGAAAAAAGUACCGGAAAACCAAAGUUCCAGUUGUGAAGGAAUUUGAACCUGAAAUCAUUACAGAACCUGUGGACGUACCUAGGUUUCUGAAGGCUGCCCUGGAGAACAAACUGCCAGUAGUAGAAAAAUUCCUGUCAGACAAGAACAAUCCAGAUGUCUGUGAUGAGUACAAACGGACAGCUCUUCAUAGAGCAUGCAUGGAGGGGCAUUUGGCAAUUGUGGAGAAGUUAAUGGAAGCUGGAGCCCAGAUCGAAUUCCGUGAUAUGCUUGAAUCCACAGCCCUCCACUGGGCAAGCCGUGGAGGAAACCUGGAUGUCUUGAAAUUACUGCUGAACAAAGGAGCAAAAAUCAGUUCCCGAGACAAGUUGCUCAGCACAGCAUUGCAUGUGGCUGUGAGGACGGGCCACUACGAGUGUGCAGAGCAUCUCAUCGCCUGUGAAGCGGACCUCAAUGCCAAAGACCGAGAAGGAGAUACCCCUUUGCAUGACGCUGUGAGGCUGAAUCGGUAUAAGAUGAUCAGACUUCUGAUUACGUAUGGUGCAGACCUCAACAUCAAGAACUGUGCUGGGAAGACCCCAAUGGAUCUGGUGCUGCACUGGCAGAAUGGAACCAAAGCAAUAUUCGACAACCUCAAGGAAAGUGCCUACAAAACCUCUCGCAUAGCUACAUUCUAA